AUGGCAUUCCGAGUAAUUACGACCUUGCUGCUCGCAGCGAUCCGGUCUUCCAAUGCGGACAUGUACUUGAACAGUCCACGAGGAUCCAACAACAAGCUUCGUGAACAAAGCAACAACGUGCAAAACGCAAACAGGUUGUUUGACUCUCAGAACAACGCAGCGUCCGGAUACCAGAUCGGAGAUGACUGCAAGCCAGCCUGCAAGGACGAAAACAACAAUUAUGAUGUCACAGUCGAAGGUGCCACAAAGGGUACCAUGAAGUUCUACCAGGGUUCAGAGCUCUACAUUGAGUGGCAUCAUCAACAUGGCUGUGGCGUGGGACAUCCAAACCUGCGAUGUCAAAUCGUCCUUCAGUACAUGACCGAAAAUGACAAUCCCAACCUCCGGGAUGGCACAGACCAAACCAGUGCAGGUGGGGAUAACGAUGAUCCCACGGAGGAAGAAACUGCUGAGGAGUCGCGAGGUUACCAUGAGCUAUACGACUUCUACCAGACUUGCAUUGAGCGAGAGCGCAACAAGGGGCUCUUCACAGCAGAUCAGCAAAUCGAAGAGAACGGCGGUGCCACAUCAACGCGUCAGAACCCGAACGGCAAUGGCCGUCGUCGUGGGCAACAACGACAUGGCCUGGAAUGCCCUGAGGAGCGCGACUACUACCCUUAUUGGCACCCCACUCCAUGGCAUGACAUUGCUGUUUUGACAGAGGAGCCACAGGAGCGUUGCGAAUAUUACAGGACCGAGUCUCAGAAUGUGAAAGCCAAGGGUUAUUGCACUCUCCCACAGUACAACAACCCGGAUGCUUGUACUGCAAACAAUGGCGAGUGGAAGGAGCAAGCUGCCUUUGAAGAGCCACCUCCUGAAUGCACUGGAGGAAUCAGCAGCCGGGACAACCACAACGGCAACGUGAGGAAUGGUCAGCCUCACUACUACAUGUGGAAGAUUCCCGAGUUCUUGACAGGUCGUGUGGUGUUGCGAAUUCGCUACAACAUCACUACCAAGGACUUCGACUACGGCUCUCUGGCGAAUCCAGUUGAAGAGGGUGCUCAGUUGUCAGGCAUGAAAGCAGAUCCGUUCUUCAUGGAUGCCAAGUUCAAUGACCCAAACCCCAACAAUCGUCGUCGCAGGACCUUCAGUGGACGACCUGGUGUUCCCUUGCCUUUGGCCCAAGAUCCUGUGGCAGACUGGCUGGGCCUGGGAGAAAAUGCACUUGACACCAGCCGUCUUUUGCAGCUUCAAGUGAACACCAACCAGUUUGGCCGAACAUUUGAGGACCGAACACAUACCUUCAUGGUCAUGGAGCGGCCGGCAGAUGUCCCCAUGGACCGACGGAUUGUGAACUUGAACAUCCGCGGUCGUCGUGGAAACAUCGUUCAAGUGUACCCCUCUGUGGAGUACGACUUCAUUCCAUCAGAGCUGUCUGUGGAGGUUGGCACUCUCUUGCACUUCCAAUGGACAGGAUCAGAUGCCAACAAUAACAACAAUGCGGGCAACGGUCGUGCUGGCACAGACCGAUCCAACUUGGUUCAGGUCCAGUCACGGGCUGAGACGAUUCCGUUGCCCUUGGAGAAGCAGACGCUUCUCUUUGAUGCCCAGGCAAACCCCAAUGAUCCCGAGGGGAAGGCCUUGGUGGAUCGAUUUGCCUAUCUGGACCAAGACAAGAUUGUGACCUGUGAUCCAGAGACCAACGACCAAAACUCUGAGACCAAUUGCAAGCAACUGAAUGGUGCGUCAGCCUACUUUGAUGGUGGUUUGGUCGAGAUGAAGGUGGUGGGUGAGCACCACUUUGCCAGCACCAGAAACAAUGAUUUCACCAACCGAUCUCACAAGGGUAGCAUUAAAGUCACUGGCUUUGCCUUUGAGUACGCCGAGAACGUUGCACUUGGCGUUGGAGCUUUCCUGGGUUUGAUCUUGAUCAUCUACAUCAUUGCUGCAAUCCAUGCCUACAGGAAGCCUGGGAGCUGGCUGUUUUCCAGACGUUAUCGACCUCGACUCUUGGUAUGGAUCCUGUCAAAAGCCACCAUGGAUCGACUUGUGGAGGAAAGGAGACAGCUUGUGGCACAGCGAAGGAGGGAGUGGGCCAAGAAAGCCAACGCUCAUUGUGGAGAUGAAGAGGGUGGCACUGACAAAGCAGCAGAAGUGGCUUUGCCUGAGGAGUCACUUUCAUGGUUUCAAUCCAUCACACGAUGCUUCCGCAAGUGUGGACUGGGAGAACAGCAGCUCACCACUUUCAUUUUGUUCCUGAUGAACGUGGUGGUCUUCGCGAUUGGCUUCUUAUCCAACAUGUCAGGCGGCUUCAAAAAGUCUUGGGCCUACCCUUGUGCCAAGGGCGGCGGCUAUGCUAUGGACCUGAACUUUGCGUUGUUGGUGCUGCCUACUCUGAAGAGCCUUCAGACCACCAUGAGACGGGUGGGUUCUUCCAGAGAGUGGGUUCCCAUUGAUGAUCCCAUCAACUUUCACAUUGUCAUUGCCAUGUUCACCAUGAUUGCAGCAGCCAUUCACAUUGCUGGGCAUUGUGUGCAUGCCUACCUCAUCCGUGCAGCUCCAACGAUUCAGUCAGAUCCUUUCGAUCUUUGGAAGCUGACAUCGGAAGAAAAGGCCAGUGGCAUGACGUUCUUCCACCAGAUCUUCAACAUUCAGCUGCGCUGUGCGGGGCUCACUGGCAUCAUCUUGACCGUCAUGAUGCUGGCCAUCCUGCUCACUGCGCUGAACUGCUCUCGACGCCGCACCAACUGCCUGACUCGUCGAAUUGGUGGCUUCAACUUGUUCUGGAGGAUUCACAUGUCUUGGAAGUUGAUUUAUGUGUUGCUUUUGCUCCAUGCUCCUGCACGGCUUUGGAUCUGGUUCUUCUUCCCAGCCAUCUUCGUGAUUGUGGACCGCUUGCUCUUAGCCAACCACCAAGCUCUUUACCUCCACUUGAAGAGUGUAAAACUCCUGCCCAGGGAUGUGAUUGGGCUGACCUUUGAGCUACCUCAGGGAUUUGCCUACCAGGCUGGUCAGUACAUUCUGCUGGGCUGGAAGGGUGAGUGGCAUCCUUUCACGCUGACCUCAGCACCAGAGGAAAACUGCAUCAGCGUCCACAUCCGUGCACCCAACACCCUGGACUGGUGCUCUGCGCUGCGCAAGCGCUUGACCCAAGAAGCUCCGGCCCAAGCAGCUGGCAUUGACGCAGCAGACAGCAAGCCACCCAGGGCUCCCUUGUUGAUUGAAUACAACAAGUGCACACUCCCCAACAGUCCCGUUGUCUUCAACACUCCCAAGGUCUCAGGAAAGUCUGAUGACCAUGGUGACCAAGGUCCAAGACUCUUGGGCCGAGACAUUUCAGGAAAGCAGUUGAAACCAGCUCAAUCUGGAGAGACCAUGGUGAGCCAUGUUCAGCCCGGCAUGCUUCCAACAGAGUCCGUGGUUUUGCAAGUCACAGGCCCUUUCGGUGCUCCUGCCCAGAAAGUUUGGGGCUUCGAUACUUUGAUGGUGGUGGGCGCUGGUAUUGGAGUCACUCCCUUCGCUUCAAUCCUGAAAUCCGUACAGCUGCGGGCCAAGCAGCGAGAGACCAUCAUGAACACAGCCAGACCUUCAGCAUGGAAGAGCGCCAUGGGCACUGACGAUUCGCGGGCUGGCCUUGAACGCCUGGUAGAGGAUCUCGUGGUAGUUCCAAAGAAGAUCUACUUCUAUUGGAUCUGCCGUGGCCAGGAAGAGUUCGACUGGUUCUGUGACCUUUUGUCUGAUGCAGCAGAGGGUCCAGCAGUGAAGAAACUCCCCUGCGCAGCAGGCCAGUUCUUUGGGCGGCCAAAUUGGGGUCGUAUCUUCAAGCAGAACCGUGACAAGCACAAGGGCCAGCACAUUGGUGUCUUCUUGUGCGGAUCCCCCAUCAUUGGAGAAGCACUGUCUCGAGAAAGCAUCAAGAAUUCUGAUUUGGUUGGCACGCCUGGUGGCACCCGCUUCUCCUUCUUCAAGGAACACUUCUGA